AACGGAAUUACGAUACGACGCCGUUUCGCGAGCCCUUCAACUGAGUAUAAAUUAAGGCGCAUGGAAACGGAUGAACCGUUUGUUCUGCUAUCGUGAGCCGCUCCCCUGGGAUUCUCUCUUCCCUUUUUUUUUACCCAAAUAUCUUCAAAACCCUAAUUCGAGCAUGGCUUAACCCUACCACGAAAUCGGCCGAGAAAUUGAAUCGACAGGAGCGCGAAUUUCUUCGAUCGAGAGUUUUAAUGGAAGGCGGCUGCUGCACGACGUCGACGUCGUCGGCGACGGAGAUUUCGAAGAGGAAGCCGAGGCAGCACCAGGAGAAGCCGUACAGAGGAAUAAGGAUGAGGAAGUGGGGGAAAUGGGUGGCUGAGAUUCGAGAGCCGAAUAAGCGGUCCAGAAUCUGGCUCGGCUCCUACUCCUCCCCCGUCGCGGCGGCGCGUGCCUACGACACCGCCUUGUUCUACCUCCGCGGCCGCUCCGCCCGCCUCAACUUCCCGGAGUGCAUCGUCGAAGACCUCCUCGAUCAGCAGCGCGACCUCUCCGCCGCCGCCAUCCGUAAAAAGGCCACCGAGGUCGGCGCCAUGGUCGACGCGCUCCAGAGCGGCGCCGCCGCCGCCCACUCGCGCCCCGGACCCGAUAACCACCGGGUUCAAGUCAAACCCGAUUUGAAUGAGUACCCGAGCCCGGAAACUUCCGACGAUAGUUAACCCGGUUCGAUUGUAUUAUCAUUAUUAUUAUUUUAUGUUUUUCUUAGAGUUUUGAUCUUUCCUAAAAAAAAAAAAAAAAAUGAAAAUGAAAA